AGACUUCGCUUUAAUUACCCUCGCUAAUGGAUUUACCCAAAAAUUCAAAAUCCACUUUUAAUAGAAAAACAAAGAGAGUAAAAACGGCGGAGACGUGUCACUACAGAAAUACAGAUGUCAACACAGGGAGAAGGCACAUACAGCCUACGUGUCAUCACCUCUUUUCUCCACCUCCAAAAAGAACACAAUAAAUUUAACCCCGCCAUUGUUGCUUCAAAUCUUAUGUUCUUCAAGGAAAUCACCAUACUCACACACUACCAUGAAGGUUGAUACAAGAUCACAGAAUCAUCCUCCAGGAGACGAAGAGAAAAUCAUGACCAGAAAGCAGAAAGCGGAGAAGCAAGAACACGAGCAAUCACCAAACAAGAAACCAAAAUCAGAGGAUAACAACAACAACAACAAUGGAAAUAAGUCGAAUAACAAAUCUCUAACAGACAUUGUCGCUGAGUUUGAUAACUUCUGCAAAACCACAAGUCAACAUCUCUCGAUUAAGCAGAUGCGUGAGAUCCUCGAAGCUAACAACGCCAAUAGUUCAGGCUCAGAUGAUGCUGUUGUGCCUAGAUGUCAAGAUAUGAUGUUCUACGGAGUGUUAAAGGAGUGUCCUAUCUGCUGUGGAACACUGCAUCACGAUGGUCAUAAUUACAUCUGCGAAGGAUCAUACAGUGAGUGGUCGACAUGUACGUAUAGCACCAAUGACCCUCCCAGAAUCGAAGAGCCUAUCAAAUACCCUGAUUUUGUGCAGGAUUCCCCCAUUUCUGAUUUACUGAUGGAGCAUCGAGACCCAAAGGGGAAACUGAAGAGGGAUAUAAAGUCAAAAGAUAAGCCUUUUGCAGGAAUGAUCAUAUCUCUCUCUGGUCGACUCUCUCGCACACAUCAAUAUUGGAAGACUAAGAUCGAAAAACAUGGAGGAAAAGUCGCAAAUCAUGUAAUCGGAGUGACGUGUGUAGUCGUGUCAUCUUCUGAACGAGAUCGAGGAGGAUCGUCAAAAGUUGCAGAAGCAUUAGAACGAAGUAUACCAGUGGUGCGUGAAGCAUGGCUGAACGAUAGCAUCGAGAAAGACGAACCACAGCCACUGGACGCUUACGACGUCGUUAGCGAUCUCGCUGUUGACGGAAAAGAGAUCCAAUGGGACAUGCAGGAUCGAAGUCAAGAAGCUCUAGAAUCUCUAAACGCCGAAAUCAAGAUGUAUGGAAAGAGAGGCGUACACAAGGAUAGCAGAUUAGACAAAGAUGGAGGUGUGAUCUUCGAGAAAGACGGAAUCAUAUACAACUGUGCGCUUUCUGUAAGCGAUAGAGGAAGAAGAAUCAACGAGAUCUGCGUGAUGCAACUGAUAAUGGUGCCGGAGAAUCGGAUCCAUUUGUAUUACAGAAGAGGGAAAGUCGGAGCAGAUCCAAGAGCAGAUGAAAGAGUAGAAGAGAAGAAGAACGUCGAUGAAGCAAUCAAAGAGUUUGCUGAAAUUUUCGAGGAGCUAACUGGUAAUGAAUUUGAGCCAUGGGAACGAGAGAAGAAGAUUCAGAAAAAGCCUCGGAAGUUUUACCCGAUUGACAUCGACGAUGGUUAUGACGUCAGAUAUGGAGGUCUAGGGUUACGUCAGCUUGGAGCAGCUGCAGCUCACUGCAAGCUUGAUCCGUUUGUUGCUAAUUUCAUGAAAGUGCUUUGUGGUCAAGAGAUUUACAGGUAUGCGUUAAUGGAGAUGGGAAUUGAUGCACCUGAUCUUCCUGUCGCCAUGCUCACUGAUUUCCAUAUAAAAACAUGUGAAGAGACUUUACUUGAAUUUGUUAAGAAACUAUUCAAGACGAUAGAAGGGGAAGAAGACAAACCUAGCGCUGUGUGGCCAGACUUCAGUCAACGAUGGUUCACACUGUUGCAUUCGACACGCCCUUUUAUCUUUAGAGAUCAUCAAGAUCUCGCAGACCAUGGUGCAUCUGUGCUUGAAACUGUGAGGGAUAUAAAUGUGGCUUCAAGGAUUAUAGAAGAUAUGAGUGGUUCCACCAUUGAUGACCCUUUAUUCGAUCGAUACAAGAAACUCGGUUGCUCAAUUUCACCUUUGGAAAAGGAAUCAGAUGACUACAGUAUGAUUCUUAAAUACGUUGAAAAAACCUACGAGCCUGUGAAAGUUGGGGAAAUUAGCUAUGGGAUAUCUGUUGAGAAUGUGUUUCAAGUGGAAGUAGGUGCAGGACCUUCUUAUGAUGAUAUCAAAAAACUCCCAAAUAAAGUUCUUCUAUGGUGUGGGACACGAAGUUCGAAUCUAUUGAGGCACUUGCAUAAAGGAUUCUUGCCAGCUGUAUGCACACUCCCGGUUUCUGGAUACAUGUUUGGUAGGGCGAUUGUGUGUUCUGAUGCGGCUGCAGAAGCUGCAAGAUAUGGGUAUACUGCUGUGGAUAGGCCAGAGGGGUUUCUAGUUUUGGCUGUGGCCUCUUUGGGAAAGGAAAUUACAGAAAUAACCUCGGUGCCUGAAGAUACGGAGUCUUUAGAGGAGAAAAAAACAGGAGUGAAGGGUUUAGGAAGGAAGAAAACCAAUGAAAAAGAGCAUUUUGUUUGGAAGGAUGAUAUCAUGGUGCCAUGUGGUAGUUUAGUUGAAUCUGAGCAUACAGAUAGUCCUCUCGAGUAUAACGAGUAUGCUGUUUAUGAUCCUAAACAGGUGAUGAUAAGGUUUUUGGUUGGAGUGAAGUUUGAAGAACAAGAUGUUGUGUAUGAAGAAGUUGAUCCAGCUGAUGCUGAUGCUGAUGCUCCUCUCGAGUAAAGAUGGUUGAUGUGGGUAAAGGGUUUUUUGGUCUUUUCUACAAGUAUAGGAACUUUAGGGGUAGUAUGGUCUAUUUUGAUGUAAAAAUCAUUGAUGUCAUUUUGCAAUAUGUUUGGGCAUCAUGUAGUAGUACUAUACUAUCGGCUAUAUAUGUGUUAUGUACUUGGUUCUAUGAAUAUAUAUCUGCUCAUUGUAUAUAUUUUGGUUUACUUCA